CUCAACGUGGCGCAGGCACCUUGGCCCGCAUUCACACUCCAAAAUUUCCCCUCCGCCUCGUCGAGCUCAUCAGCCUCGCCAUCACAACUCAACGACCCGCCAAAAAUCCCACCCACCAACAGCCCGCCCACGACAGGAAAUUGCCCGAGCCGACAGACAGCGUCCCCCAGCAAACCCCCAAGCUGUAAAUUGACCCCGAGGUAACGGUCCUUGCUCCAAGAUGCGGCUCACCGCCGACCUCAUCCGGGAUUCCCUGUCCUAUCUCAAUCCUCUCAAGGAACGAGAGCUUGAUCUCCGAGGACACCGAAUCCCCGCGAUUGAGAACUUGGGUGUCGCUGGCCCUCACGAUGCCAUCGACUUCACCGACAACGAUAUCCAGGUCCUGGGAAACGUCCCUCUAUCCCCUCGGAUAACGACCCUCCUGCUGGCGCGCAACCGCGUCGCGAGCAUCCAGCCCACACUGGCCAAGGCCAUUCCCAACCUGACGAACUUGGUCCUGGCGUCGAAUAACCUGGCGGAGCUGGCAGAUCUGGAUACGUUAGCAACAUUCCCACGGUUGACGCACCUCGUGCUGGUCGAUAACCCGGUCGCCAAGAAGGAACAUUAUCGAUACUGGGUUCUCUGGCGGUGCCCUUCUGUGAGGUUCCUGGACUACCAGAAAGUCAAGGAGGCCGAGAGAGAGAAGGGGCGGGAGCUUUUUGGAACCGUGGAGGAGCCUACUGUGUUGGCCUCUAAGAUCAUGGGUAUCAAGACUACAACCUUUGAUGCCUCCAGCGGCUCAGACGCGCCCUCGAAAUUGUCGAGAAUAAAACUCACGGAUGCGGAGAAGAAGCGCUUGCAAGAACGGAUCAAGAAGGCGACCAGCCUGCAGGAAAUUAUUGCGCUGGAGAAGGAGCUGAACGAGGGACGGCUCCCGUCUGGAAUUCAAGGGGAUCCCAUGGAGGAAUAAGGAAUCGAUAUCUGCAAGGUUCACGUUUCACGGUUGUCUCAUUGCCUGGUCUCGGGG